AUGGCUAUCUCCAGCAACGAAAGGCGCGCUCUGGAAAGAACAAGAUGCCGAGAAGCUUUGGCUGCGCACAUCCAUUUGAGACUUGGUCUCAUCGUCGCUCCAAAUCAGGUCCGCCUCCAUCCACGGCCCGAGGACGGAUACGCCUGGUCCGUGACCGAGCCCAGCAAACACCUGUUACAAUCGAGCCUUAGCGAUGGAAAGAUCCGCAUAUACCGGUCUAUAUGUGAGGAACUCGGCCGCUCUCUCGAGGCCGUUGCUCCGGAGACCUUGCAGUCAUCCCUUUUGAAUCAGGAGGACGGAGUGGAUAAGCCCCCUCGCAGAGAUGAGGAGGGACCCAGGACAUUUACUGCACAGAUCCGCAGUCUAGAAUCUAAAAAUCGUGAUCUAGAAGCCGAGCUGGAUCGGACCCGGGGCGGUUUGGAGGAGUCGUUGCGGGAGGUUCGUCAUUUGAAAGCAGAAACUGCUCGAAUUCAAGAUCAACUCCGCGCCAGUGAGUCCCAGGCGAGAGACCUUCAAGCUGAGCUGGUCUAUGCAAGGGCUAGGGUCAACGAAGCGAUACAAGUCCUAUCAAAACAAAGGGUCGAAUCGGAUAAACAGAAAGGAUUGGCCAGGAUAUGUGAUUAG